AUGUCAGGACUAGAAGAUCUCUUCAAUUCACCUACCAGACCACCACCACCUCGAUCACCAAUCCGCUCACGAUCAAUCACACCUGACAAUUUACCUAUACGGAGCAACGAGAACCCGUUGUUCUUCUCGCCUGGUGCUCCAUCAGAAUACGAUAUCGACAUAGGAUUUUCCUCUCGCCAACGCGAUGUACCCCUUCCUGGAGGUCAGAAUAACAGAACAACAGUUGAAGGAGCGGCGCAGAUAGAUGAUGAUGAUGGGAGAUACAGGGUUCAUCAACAGGGGGAUUUCGAAGAUCCUUUUGCUGCUUUGAAUGCUACCAACGGACAGGAUGAAGAAGAAGAAGCGGGUGGAAAGAGGAAGAGGACGGUCGCGAAGGUUGAUGCUGAUCGACUCACGAGUGAUCGAGGUAUACCAGCGUUAUGCAGAGCAGCCAAGAAGUUCAAAGUGAAAGGAAAAGGGCAUGAGACACAAGACCUCAAGAAUUUAUUGAACAUGUAUCAGAUGUGGGCACACGGUAUGUUCCCUAAAGGCGAUUUCCAACAUACCAUCAAUAGGGUUGAGGUUAUAUGUAGAUCUAAAAGAAUGGAGUCCGCUCUGAAAGGAUAUCGGGAGGCUUUCUAUCCCCCACCUCGCUCACCUUCUCCUCCACCCCUAACUGACCGAGGACUCACGCCGCCCUCUGCAUCUCAGGGAGAUGAUCGAUCGACGGACGCACAAGCGAGAGAACCGCUUUUCACUUCUCGUCCUGCGAUACAGGAAGAGGAUGAUCUUGGACCUGAUUUGGAGGAGAUGAUGGCUUUGGAAGAGAUGGAACGAGAUGCUCAAAAUCAAAGUCAGAAUCAGAAUAAGAAGAACACUCUUACUUCUACAGCUACCUUUGUUGGUCGAAGAGUGGAAGACCAAGAUGGACCUCCUCCGGAUCUGGAAGAGGAAGAUGAAUGGGAGGGGUUGUAUAAUUAG